UCUAUCAACAAACCCAAAACCUGUCGGUUUGUUUGUUUUGUGGGCGGAGGGUUUUUGUAGGGUUUCACUUUCUUGCUACAGAACGGACCCUUCAAUAUACAGGAAAAACAGAUUGUAGAAAGAGAGGGAGAGAGGGAGAGGGAGAGAAAGAGAAAAAAAAAUGGGUUCUUUAAGAAAUGGAACAGAGAGAGGACUACUACAUGAAGAAGAAAAAGAAGAGCCAAUAUUAAUGGAGCAAUCACAGAGGUUCUCUAUGUAUCCCAUUAGAUACCCACAAAUUUGGGAGAUGUACAAGAAGGCUCAAGCCAGUUUUUGGACCGCUGAGGAGGUCGAUCUUUCUCUUGAUGUGCAGCACUGGGAAACCUUAUCUGAAUCUGAGAAGCACUUUAUAAGCCAUGUAUUGGCAUUUUUUGCUGCAUCUGAUGGGAUUGUUUUGGAAAAUUUGGCAGCAAGAUUUUUAAAUGAUGUUCAAAUUCCAGAGGCUCGGGCAUUUUAUGGAUUUCAACUAGCGAUGGAGAAUAUACAUUCUGAGAUGUACAGCUUGCUUUUGGAGACAUACAUUAAAGAUUCAAAGGAGAAGCAUAGACUAUUCAAUGCCAUUGAAAACAUUCCUUGUGUUGCUCAGAAGGCUAAUUGGGCUUUGAAUUGGAUUCAGAGCUCCACCUCGUUUGCAGAAAGACUUGUUGCCUUUGCAUGUGUUGAAGGAAUUUUCUUCUCAGGAAGCUUUUGUGCUAUAUUUUGGCUGAAGAAGAGGGGAAUGAUGCCAGGCUUGACAUUCUCAAAUGAGCUUAUUUCUAGAGAUGAGGGUCUCCACUGCGACUUUGCUUGCCUACUGCACAGUUUACUACAGAAGCAGCUGCUAUGGCAAAAAGUUCAUCACAUUGUGCAUGAAGCUGUUGAAAUUGAAACCCAGUUUGUCUGUGAUGCCCUCCCAUGUGCAUUGAUUGGCAUGAAUGCAACUCUUAUGAGCCAAUAUAUAAAGUUUGUCGCCGACCGUCUGUUGGUUGCUUUAGGGUGCCAGAGGAAAUACAAUGUAGAGAAUCCGUUUGAUUGGAUGGAGUUCAUCUCUUUGCAAGGGAAAGCAAAUUUCUUUGAGAGAAGGGUGGGCGAUUAUCAGAAGGCUUCGGUUAUGGCAAGCCUCCAAGAUGGUGGAAAAAGUUUUGUCUUUAAACUGGACGAGGACUUCUAGUUACCAAGUUUCCUUUACCUGAGUACAAGUACAACCCCGAUGCUGCUUAAGGGCAUCCAAUUUUUGUUACUAUUCUUCAUGGUAACCCAUUGUUUAUAGUUGAUGCCGUUUACUAUUAAGUUCAAAUAUAUCUGUUCAUCAUCUUCAAUCUGAUAAUUUUACAAGCGAAUCUUAUAAUAUAUGAGAAUAUGGCCGUCCCAGGGAUUGUGUACGAUUUUUUUGGGCAUAUCGUUGUUUCUAGCUGUGAUUUUCAAUGCUUGUCAUGUUAUUUGAAAGGUGUUAAACAAUUAAGUUACAUAA